GCCACAUGGGUGAAAUUGGUUGUUCCAUGGAGAAGCAGGGAGGGACAAGAGGCAAAGAGAAUGAGGUGGGGAAAACAAGUAGAAAGGGAGAGCUUAGGACUCCCCUUCAGGCAUCCGAACAAGUCUGGACUAUUCUGCUGCAGCUUGUGUUCAGCUGGCAGUCUCGGGAAUCAAAAACGGUGUUACUGUCUCCUACAGAGAUGCUGCGUCAGGAGUUAAGUUAUUAAGCAAACUUAUAAACUGUACAGUGGAUAGUCGUGGAGUGUGCUUUUUGAAGCAGUGACGCGGAACAGCGGUGACUGGGAAUACUACUGCACGGGGAGCUAAGGAAAGCUGGAUAUGCCACAGGUGGAAAGGUGAGGAGCGGCAGGCUGUGGCCCCGGUGCACGCUACAGAGAUCCCCAGGUUGUGAAGAUGCGGAGCCUGUUUUUCACUGUGACUGUCCUGCUGUCCUCCAUGAACCGGGCUGAUGCUCAGGGCAGGUGUGAUAAUGUGCAAGCGGCAGAUAUCGUUUUCCUGGUUGAUGGCUCUUCCAGUAUUGGCCGAGCUAACUUUCUGCAGGUGAAGGGCUUUAUGGCUGGAAUCGUCAAACCAUUUGCCAACUCUGUCAGCAAUUCAGGGAUACGGUUUGGGGCCAUACAGUACAGCGACACCUCCAGAGUUGAAUUUACAUUUACUACCUACGUGGUUGGCACUGAGCUGGUCAACGCUGUAGAAAAUCUGAACUAUAAGGGGGGAAACACACGCACUGGUGCUGGUCUCAAGUUUGUUGCUGACAACUUCUUCAACCCUGCGUCCAGUCGUAAUGUCCCAAAGAUUACUAUCCUGAUAACAGACGGAAAGUCACAAGACAACGUGCAGGAACCAGCACAGAAGCUGCGCAGUCAAGGAGUGCAUGUUUUUGCGGUCGGUAUAAAGAGUGCAGACAGGAAUGAAUUGGCAGAAAUCUCCUCCCAGCCCAGCAGUGAUUUCACCUCCUUUGUCGGGGACUUCAAACUGCUGAACACCCUUCUUCCUCUUGUGAGCCCCCAAGUGUGUUCCAGAGCAGGAGGAGUCUAUGCUAGUGAUGAGGCAUUUUCUGGUCCGUCCAACCUUCAGUUCACAGGCCAGACGUCUGAUACCCUCAGGUUUCGCUGGACUGCAGCAGGGGGGCCUCUGAUUGGUUAUUUAGUCCAGUAUGUUCCACUUUCUGGCCUGGGUCAGCCAAUCACUGCAGAACUGCGUCAGGAGACUGUCUCUGUCACUCAGAGGACCUUUACCGCACAAGAGCUGAGGUCAGGAACCGACUACCUGGUGACUAUUAUUGCCCAAUACCCCAACAGUGUGGGGGAGUCUGUUUCUGCCAAGCAACGAACCAGGUCUUUGCCAGGGGUUACCAGUCUACGCCUGCUCCAGGCUGGCUUCUUCUCUCUCUCUGUGGGCUGGGAUCAGCCUUCGUCUCCUGUGCAGGGCUACAGACUCACCUAUGGACCACGAGGUCAGCCAGCAGAUCAGCUGUCGGAGCAGUCUCUGUCUGCAGACUCUACCUCCGUCACAUUGGAGUCACUUCAGCCUGACACAGAGUACGUCGUCAGCCUCUUUCCCCUUUUCCCUCGAAACUCGGCAUCCCCGUCCAUUCUCAAUGCCCGCACAUUGCGCCUUGAGGCAGUGCAGCAGCUAUCAGUGGAGACGGAGUCGGAGGGCAGUGUCCGUGUGGGGUGGAGAGGCGUCAGUGGUGCACGGGCCUACCGUCUGGUCUGGGGACCAUUUACAGGUCAAAAUGUCGAGACGGUGGAGGUUGCUGGUGACAGAGAGUUCCAUACUUUGUCCAGACUGCAGUUCGACACUGAGUACAUUGUCACCAUCAUCCCGCUGUAUGAUGGCAACACUGAGGGCCCUGUAGCAACGACCAGGUUCAAGAUAGACCGUCAGGAACAGCAGGUGCUCAGAGCAGCUACCACCAGCCCCUCCACUAUUCGCCUCACUUGGAGACUCAUUCCGUCAUCUCAAGGGUACCGCCUAGAAUGGAGAGAGGGGGAAGGAGGCCGCGUCCAGAGCCGGACCUUUCCUAGAACCACUACCAGCUAUGAGCUAACAGGCCUUCAGCCCAACACAGAAUAUAUCAUCACCCUGUACACUCUGUUUGAAGGUCGGGAGGAGGCCACACCUGUCUCCACCACAUCCAGAGAGGAACAGCCAGUGGGGAGAGUGUCCAACCUGAGAGUUGUGGAGUCUCUGGGCAGUACUGCAAGACUCGGCUGGACGGGUGUAGCCGGGACCACACAGUACCGCAUCGUUAUCCUGAACACAGAAGCGGGAUCGGAGGAAAUACGGAUUAUCCCUGGAAACCAGACAACCCUUGACCUCAGAGACCUGGCAGUGGGAGUCUCUUACGGUGUCAGUGUCACAGCGCUGGUGGGAGAAAUUGAAGGAGACCCAGUUACUAUCUACAUCAAACCUGAGCAAGGUGCUGGCAGAGUGACUAACCUCAGAGUGACAAACAAAAACAGUCGGAGACUUCGAAUCGCCUGGACAGGUGCUACUGGGGCAACGGGUUACAGAGUUACUUGGAGACAAGGCAACAGUGCAGAGCAGUUCCGUAUUGUUGGGGCGGAGGUCACAGCCUUCACUAUAGACGGCCUGCAACCAGAUGAGGCGCUGGUUGUUGGUGUUUCAUCUGUGGUUGAUCAACGUGUGGGAGAGGUGGUCACGCUGUCUACUCGGACUAACCCCCAGGGUGGAUCGGUGUCUGGCCUUCGCAUCGUUGAAGUCACAUCUCAGAGAAUACGCAUUGCAUGGUCACAGUCUACUAGGUCAACUGGCUAUAAGGUCACUUGGCUCCGUGAUGAUGGAGUUGAAACAACUCGCAUCUUGCCCGCCAACGUCUCUUCCUUCACCAUUGAUGGACUACAGUCAGGUUCAGCCUACAGCAUAUUAGUUUCUUCCCUUACUGGCUCUCGAGAGGGAAGUCCUUCCACCCUGAGUACCAGAACAGAGUCAGAUCAGUCUGUGGUUGGGUCUGUGACGUCACUGCAAGUCCAGGAGGCACGUGGAGAGGUUGUCCGUGUCACUUGGGUUGGUGUGCAGGGAGCAACGGCUUAUCGUGUGUCUUGGAGAAGAACGGACGGUGGUGAAGAGAGAAGUCAGCUGGUGGGGGGAGAUGUGACAACAGUGGAUUUAGACCGGUUGGACCCCGGAGCCCAGUACGAGGUGCAGGUCAUGGCUUUAGUUCAAAACAGAGAGGGAACCCCUGUGUCUGUCAGAGUUACCACACCUGGUGCCCCGACGCCCUCCGUACCUACGACAACUUUACGAGUGGCGGAGGUUACCCGGAAUUCUAUGCGGCUUGGCUGGACUCCAGUCCCAGGUGCCACAGGAUAUAUUCUACGUUGGAGAGAGAUGGAUGGAACAGAUAUUGGACGAGGCUCAUCGGUCACGCUCCCUGCUGCGUCCAGCUUUUACUUUGUGACUGGGCUGCAAUUGGGCCGUAGGUAUCGCUUUACUGUGCAGCCCACCUUCGAAAGUGGAUUGGGAACUGAGAGCUUUGUAGAGGAACACACCGUCUGUGUGGGUGGGCGUCUAGAUGUGGUGUUUCUGGUGCCGGCAUCUACGGAUCGGAUUAGCUUCGCAAGACCACUGCGCCAACUCCUCACAAGUGCUGUAAGGUCGCUCAAUACUAUCGGAGCCCGCGACUCUCAGGUGGGAGUUGUUGUAUACGGUUACAGACCCAAAAUAUGGUUCCUGCUUAAUCGCCAUGACAGAUCUGACACCCUUCUUCAAGAGAUCCAGUCCACGCCGUUUGAUGAAAGUCCCGGGAAUAACAUUGGUGAGGCGGUGACAUACACCAGGCAGUACCUUCUGACCCCCUCAGCUGGACGGAGACCGAGGGUCCCUGGGGCUGUCGUCAUCAUUGCUGACAAAAAAUCUGCUGACAACCUGACUCUCGCAGCAAGCAGUCUCAAGGCUACAGGUGUGACAGUGUUAGCGGUGGGUAUAGACCAGGCGAAUACCGAGGAGCUGCGCCGGGCAGUGACAGACGGCAGCACCCAAAACCUUCUCUACACUCGUGAUGCAUUACAGUUGGACACCGUAUAUACUGAUCUGGCGGACUUGCUCUGCGGCAUUGCCAGAAUACCAGAGGGUCCAGGUCCAGAUCAGUGUACUGUUUAUUGCUCUGAGAGUGAGAAGGGAGAACGUGGAGAGAAGGGGGAGAGAGGCAGAGAUGGUGUAGAUGGACAAAAGGGAGAUCCUGGUCGUGAUGGUGUGCCUGGGAGGGAAGGCCCCAGAGGACCUGAAGGCCGCCCAGGUCCACCAGGCCAAACUGUCACUAUUGACCCCUCAUUGGGGGUGAAAGGAGAAAAGGGGGAAAGAGGUUUUCCUGGCAUUGAUGGAAAUCCAGGUUUGCCGGGACGACCAGGUUCCCCUGGAAAUGCAGGAGUCCCGGGUUCACAGGGCCUACCUGGUAUCAGAGGAGAUCCAGGUGAACCAGGUGUCACAGGGCUACAAGGGUCAAAAGGCAGUAAGGGUGAAAGGGGUGAACCAGGGUCAACAACAUCAGGAGGGGGUCUUCCAGGGAGGAAAGGAGAGGCAGGCAUCCCGGGAAUACCAGGUACUCCUGGCCGGCCAGGCAGUGAUGGGUUGAAAGGUUCUGUUGGAGAUCCGGGGAUACCUGGUCAGGAUGGUCGCCCAGGUUUACCAGGAACACCAGGAAUCUCCAUCAAGGGAGACAAGGGCAGCUCAGGAGAGAGGGGACUUCCAGGAGUCGGUAGCGGGGUGGCCGUGAAGGGCGAGAAGGGCUCCCCAGGUACUCCAGGGACUCAGGGUUCUAGAGGGCCACCAGGACUACAAGGCAGCAAAGGAGACAAGGGCGAUGGUGGUGAUGGGCCGCCGGGACCCGCAGGCAGGCAAGGAGAGCCUGGGGACAGGGGUCCCCGUGGGCCUCCAGGAGAAAUUGGUGGAAAGGGUGACCGAGGACAGCCAGGUGAGCCUGGAGCACAGGGAGACAGGGGGGAGCGAGGACCAGCUGGUGAAACUGGGGAGAGAGGGGACCCAGGGAAGCCGGGCAUCGCAGGAACACCAGGGUUGAGAGGUUUACCAGGGCCCAGUGGACCAUCAGGAGAAAAGGGAAACGAAGGUGCACGCGGGGAGCCUGGCAGAAGUGCUCUUGGCUUGCCUGGGAAGAAAGGGGACCAGGGGGAUCGAGGCCUAGCUGGUCCUGAGGGGGGCAGGGGAGACAAAGGAGAUAUGGGACAAAAAGGAGAGAAAGGCUCUUCAGGGUCGGGAGGGUCAGCUGUUGGACCUAAAGGAGAGCCAGGAGAGCGAGGACUUGCUGGUGUCAAUGGAAGGCCGGGUGCCAAGGGAGAUGCUGGGGAACCAGGAGAGAGGGGGGAGAAUGGGCGGCCAGGAACCCCAGGGAAGCCUGGUCCUCCUGGGAAAGAGGGGGAGAGAGGAGAGAAGGGUGAUGAAGGCACACCUGGGGAGUCUGGACUCCCAGGGAAGUCCGGAGAAAGAGGACUGAGGGGACUGGCUGGUCAGCCAGGCCGAGCAGGAGAGAAAGGAGACAUAGGAGACCCAGGAGAGUCGGGACGAAAUGGCAGCCCUGGACCCGCGGGACUGAGAGGGGAGAAAGGAGAAAUGGGACCCCAGGGGCCUCCAGGACCACCAGGAAAAGUGGCAGACGUCCAGGGACUCCUGAGAGGAGAGAGAGGAGAGAAGGGUGAUGCUGGCGACCCAGGAGAACACGGUAGCAAAGGUCUAAAAGGCGAAGCGGGGACUCCCGGAGCCCCAGGCCUACGAGGUCCUGAGGGACAACGGGGACCUGCAGGCAUAAGAGGUGACACGGGUGAAAGAGGAGUUCCUGGAGAGAAGGGAGAAAGGGGAACGUCCGGGUUAGAUGGACGUCCUGGUCUGGAUGGUAAACCAGGUGCUGCUGGACCACCGGGUCAAAGGGGGGAUCCUGGGAAACAGGGGGAUCCUGGAAGAGAUGGUUUAGCAGGACUUCGAGGGGAACAGGGCCCCCCGGGGCCUGUCGGGCCUCCAGGCACUGCAGGGACACCUGGUAAAGCAGGUGAAGACGGCAAACCUGGUUCUCCUGGAAAAAUGGGUGAGGAUGGUGUGCCCGGUGAAGAUGGGAGAAAGGGUGAUAAAGGAGAACCAGGAGCAGCUGGAAGAGAUGGCCGGGACGGGCAGAAAGGAGAUGGGGGCCUUGCUGGGCCUGUCGGACCCUCUGGCCCUGCGGGGCCUCCUGGAGUACCCGGCAGCAUUGGUCCCCCUGGACAGGUGGUGUAUUUUAAAGGAGUUGAAGCGGCGCCGAUCCCAGGCCCGCCUGGGCCUCCAGGAACCCCUGGCGUACCAGGGAUCCCUGGAGCUGUGGGAGCCAGAGGGGAAAGAGGUCCGUCUGGCCUCAAAGGUGAUGCUGGAGACCCGGGAGAGGACGGGGCCCCAGGCAAACCUGGGACACCAGUGGAUGUACAGAAGGCUCUGGCCAACUUUGGCAUUCUGGUGUCUGAUCUGAAGGUGGUUGUGGACAGGAAGGACGUACCACUGAUUCCUACAGUGCCAAAGGCAGGGAAAGGUGAAAAAGGAGACGUGGGCGAACAAGGACCGAGAGGACCAUCUGGUGCAGAUGGUGCCCGUGGUUUUCAAGGAGAAAGAGGAGCAAAAGGGGAUCAAGGGGAGCGAGGACCCGUGGGAGCAACUGGUCCUCCAGGUAGAGCCAUUGUAGAGCGAGGGCCAGAAGGACCCCCAGGGCAACCUGGAGAGUCAGGCAAACCAGGAAUACCAGGAGUUCCUGGGCGAGCUGGGGAAUUGGGGGAGGCUGGAAGACCCGGAGAGAAGGGGGAGAGAGGAGAGAAAGGUGACAAAGGAGAAGCUGGUCCAAUGGGCCAAACGGGAGCAGUCGGCCCACAAGGGCAAAAGGGAGCAUCUGCUGACUCGGUACUGAUUGGUCCACCUGGGGUCCGAGGCCCUCCAGGAGUUGUGGGACAAAAGGGAGAGCCUGGUGCUGCAGGAUCACCGGGGCCUCAAGGAGAACGGGGUUUUGCAGGAUCUCGUGGUGAUAAAGGAGACCGAGGACAGUCUGGAGAAAAAGGACGUGACGGCUCACAGGGAACACCAGGAGAACCAGGAAAACCUGGUCAAGAUGGGAAACCGGGCCCAACAGGGCAAGCUGGUCCACCAGGUCAACCAGGAAACCCAGGAGAGACUGGCAUGAGGGGGCCAACUGGCCCAAUGGGUCCCAACGGGCUUCCAGGUCCCUCAGGUGUGAAGGGGAAUCAAGGAGAGCCAGGUGUUGGUGUCCAGGGUCCUCCGGGUGCCCAAGGGAGCACAGGUCUGCCAGGACCAACAGGUACCCCCGGAGCUGUAGGUCCACAAGGCCCUCCAGGACUCUCAGGCCAGGUGGGUGAAGCAGGCAAACCAGGGGUACCUGGCAGAGAUGGUGUGCCUGGCAAAGAUGGAAUACCUGGAUUACCAGGAAAGCAGGGCAUUGCUGGACCUCCAGGCCAGGCAGGCUUAAAGGGGGAGCAGGGAGACAGCGGCCCCCCAGGGAAGGCUUUGGCUGGACCCCCUGGACCUAAAGGAGAAAGUGGUCUUAAUGGUGCCACACUGCCAGGCACGGUUGGAGAGAGAGGCCUACCUGGAGAAAAGGGUAACAGGGGAGACAAAGGUGCUGUUGGCAACAAAGGAGAGCGAGGAGUGGAUGGUGAGCCAGGGGAGCCUGGAGAUGAUGGGGCACAGGGAUCCCCUGGGUCAAAAGGAGAUAAGGGAGAGAAGGGCAUAGGACUGGCAGGCCCUCCUGGUCGGAUUGGGCCUCAAGGUUUAAAGGGAGAUCCAGGCCUUCCUGGUCCAGCUGGUCCCCCGGGGCUUCAGGGAAAGUCGGGUGAUGCUGGGCAACCUGGCCUGAGAGGAGAAACUGGACAACAAGGACCUCCUGGACCACCUGGGGAGAGGGGUCUCCAAGGCUUUGCUGGCCGUGCAGGAAAUGUUGGACCCCCUGGUCCUUCUGGACCGCCUGGACAGGCAGGCUCUCCUGGUACCAAUGGUGUCAAAGGGGACAAGGGGGAGGUUGGUGUCGGGGUCUCCGGCCCCAGAGGAGAGAGAGGAGAUGCAGGGCCAAGAGGAGAGGAGGGCCGCCCUGGCUUGGAUGGGGAGAGAGGGGGAACGGGUACCCCAGGGAUUCGUGGUAUUCGGGGAGAAAAGGGAGACGUGGGGCUGCAAGGUGACAAAGGAGAGAAGGGGGACACUGUGCUGGUGGGAGGACCUGCUGGAGAAAAGGGCAACAAAGGAGAAACAGGUGACAGGGGACCCAAAGGCGUGCAGGGAGAAAAGGGGGUGAAGGGUCAAGAGGGUCCUGUAGGGGAGCAGGGUCUGAGGGGAGAGCCUGGAGAAAGAGGAUCCACUGGGUUCCCGGGUGCCCGUGGCCCUGGUGGACAGAAGGGAGAAGCCGGCCAACCUGGAGUACCUGGUGAAUCGGGUUUACCAGGAAAAGAUGGGCUGCUGGGGCAGAGGGGUGAAAAGGGAGAACUUGGCAUUGUCGGACUGAGAGGAAUCAAGGGUGACCGAGGACCCAAGGGGGCUUGUGGAGGCAAUGGCCCUAAAGGAGAAAAGGGAGAUGCUGGUAUUCAUGGACGAUCAGGCCUACCAGGAAGAAAAGGCGAACAGGGGGAAAUCGGACCAUCUGGGGCCCCAGGGACCCCCGGGAAAGAGGGACUAGUCGGUCCCAAGGGUGACCGUGGUUUUGACGGGCUUGCAGGACCCAAAGGAGCUCAGGGAGAGAAAGGCGAACGGGGCACGCCUGGCGUACCUGGUCCUCCUGGUCCCAGAGGAGCGGAUGGGGUCCAGGGCUUGACUGGCCCUCAGGGACCAGUUGGUGCAAAAGGCCCAGAGGGCCUCCAGGGACAAAAGGGAGAGAGAGGUCCAAUCGGUCCUGCCAUGAUUGGUCCACGUGGUAUUCCGGGGAUCCCGGGGGAACGAGGAGAAGCGGGAGAGUUGGGCCCAGAUGGAGCCAAGGGAGACAGAGGAGAGCCAGGCAUGACGGAGUAUGAGGUCAGAGAGUAUGUCCGCUCAGAGAUGAGUCAGCACUGUGCGUGUGGAGGUUCAGGUCCAAUUAAUCGGUCCCAGCCCCCGGUCAGGGCUCGGCCUUCUCCAGAUCAACAACUGGUCCUGAAGGGGGAGGAGGGCCGUGAGCUGCGCGUGGUGGUGAACACCAACGACCCGGACUACGAGCAUAUCUACUCAAUCGAGGCCUACGACGACCCCUUGGAUGAGCUGCUCUACUUCGCUCCCUCUACCAACCAGAGCGAUGGUGAGGUUGUCAAAGUUGAAACUGACAAAACAGUCAAAGUUGAACCAAACAAAGAAUCCACUGCUGACGUUACGAAAAAAGCAAAAGUUACACUUCUGAAAGCAGUCAAGCCCAGAUCAGUCAGGUCCAAGAGGAGAGUCAAAGGGGAAGCUCCAGCAGACUCAUGCUUGCUGCCCAUGGAGGAGGGCAGCUGUGGACGAUACACUAUGCGCUGGUACUUUAACAAUCAGGUUCAGGCCUGCAGGCCCUUCAUCUACAGCGGCUGUGAAGGAAACGACAACCGCUUCCUCCACCUGGAGGAGUGUGAGGAGCUCUGCCUUGGGGAGGCCGAAGGUCCUCGUCCCUUGAAGACAGUGCUAUGAUUGAGGCCGAAUACUCCUCAGCCACUGGAAUGUUAGCCUUUAUAUAGAUUUUAUAGAUCGUUAUUUUGUCAAAUGUCAAUGGUCAGGAUUUUCUUUUGUUUAUUUAUUGUUUCUGUAAACCCAACCAAACUUUAGCCCCGGUUGAGAGGGGAUACAAGAGUGCCUCAUUACUUUGUUCUCCAAACCUUGCAAAACAAAAUAGUUUUACUAUAGUUCUUUUAGGUUAAAAAUACUUUAGUUUUUGUGCACGAGUACAUUUGCACACUAAAGAAGUGUCCUUGCAUUCACCCUGAUUUUAUCAGUUUAUCUUUACCAUAAUAUUGAGGUACUCUAGUACCUUUAUCCAUUUCAUGUUGCAAACAGAUAAUAAUAUUUAAUUGAAAGGGAGCGGACAAAUUUCCUGACUCACCUUACAGAGUAAUGCAAUCAUUCUUGAAGUUACAAUCUCAAAGACCUCUGUUGUUUUUUGUCUCACUUCCCAAACAUCCAAACAGUGAUACCUAUGUGACGUUUACUCGCAACAAUAGCAGGGACCGGAAAAUAAAACAUGCUUCCCACUUGUUGGCUCCGCCUACUCUCUCUGGCAGAUCAACCACUGCUUGGGAUUUUUCUGGGAAUGUCGCCAGAGACAUUCAUCUCUAUAAAUACUGUAGAUAUCUGCAUAUGAAUGCAGUGUCUCUAGGCGAGACAACAUUUUGGUAUUGGAAGCAAUCAGGUUUCAAAUUCUAAUGCGAGUAGUAUUGACCAAUCUCGUUUGAGCGGGCUUUGGUCAAAUGAAGGUAAACAGUUCAUGCGGAGAGCACAAGAGGUGGAAAGCAUUGGCCCUAAUGCAAUUCAGAACCCGUCAGCUAUCGGCUAGUUUUUUUUCUUCAUCUGAUUUAAAAAA